AUGUGCUUGUUAGGUGCAAGGGUGAGAAUUGAGUGCAAAGACAGGAACACCUUGCAGCUUGCAUACAGCGUCGAGGGAGAGACUGAUUCGACUGGAACAUACAACAUUUUGGUUGAAGAGGACCAUGAAGACCAAAUUUGUGAGUCUGUCCUUGUUAGCAGUCCCAUAAGUGACUGUAAAUCGGCAGACCCCGGACGCAGCCGUGCGAACGUUGUAGUCACCCGUUACAACGGUGUGGUUAAGGACAAGCGUUAUGCAAAUAACAUGGGCUUCUUCAAGAACGAGCCAUUGGCUGGUUGUGAAAAAAUCCUAGAGCAAUACAAGAACUACGAUCAGCAGGAAUAG